UAAUUAAACACAUUUUAUUAGAAAAAGCAAAGGAAGAUGUAAAAAGAAAGGUUGAUAAACCCCAAGAUGAUGAUCCAGAUGGUGAAAAGCUUCUUAAGUUAAAUUGGAAAUUAUUUCAUGUUAAACCUUUCUUAUAUAUUAACUUUCUCAUAUCAAGAGAAGCAUUCAAGUUCUUGCUUCCGUUGCAAGAACUGUCGCCAAAAAGGAUAGAAACACAUUUACUAGGAUUCGAGAUCUAUCUACGAAAAAAAAAGUACCUUCUUGCUCUUAAAGCUCUUUUACGUGCUUACUGUAUCGACAAAGAAAACGCUACUUUGCAUAAUGAUAUAAUACGAUUUCAUUUAGCAGUAUCUGAUAAUAAGGAAAUUAAUCCAACAAUAAAUCAAGUUAUUGCUUCCGAAAAAGUAACCCUAAUACCGGAAAAUAUGCCCUUGGUCGAAUUUAAUGAGCGAUUUUUAGAAAGAAACAAAAGCAUAUCACACUUAUUAGUUGGAGCCGAAACUUUGUAUGCUAUAGAUCCAGAAAGGAAACAAGAAGCUGAAAACCUUUUGCUAAUGGUCGAUUCUGAAGAAUACGCUAGUACAAGGACGUUAGAGAAUUGCAUCAAGGUGUACGAAACUCUCAAAUCCACUUUUAAUACUUCGAAAGCUGAAGAAUUUAGGGUCAAAUGUAAAGAAUGGUUUCCAAUAUCAACGUAUUUCUGUGAUGACCCCGAAUGA